AUUGGUGGAUCUUAGUCACCUGCGAGGCCCGACUGUGGAAACCAAAAUCCCAUAUGACCUCGUAGCCACGCCCCCUAGAUUCCCCCGGAUGUUUAACGUUAGCAGUGCUGCGGAUGUGAUGCAACCAGAUGUAAGGAUAUUUCUUAACUUCUCGCAACAAGUGUUUAUUUUCACUCGCUACAGAACCCCAUCAAUUGGACCUCAGUAUGAAUGCGAUUUGAAGAGCUGGGUGCCAGCGGAGUCAGCCCACCAAUACCCUGUUGUUGAGUGGAUCUAUCUUUAAAUGGCCACCGCGGCUCCCCCUCCCGUUCCAGGCUCCACUGCGGCCACUGAAAACCCAAAUCCCGGAUCCAGCAGCUCCACUGCGUCCGAAAGUGGCAACCAGGAUAGCACUUUUGAGUGUAAUAUAUGUCUGGACACCGCCAAGGAUGCAGUAAUCAGCCUUUGUGGACAUCUCUUCUGUUGGCCUUGCUUGCAUCAGUGGUUGGAGACCAGACCGAACAGACAAGUGUGUCCUGUGUGUAAAGCCGGUAUCAGCCGAGACAAAGUAAUCCCAUUAUAUGGAAGGGGAAGCACAGGUCAACAAGACCCCAGAGAAAGAACUCCCCCUCGACCACAAGGACAAAGGCCUGAGCCUGAAAACCGUGGUGGCUUUCAAGGGUUUGGCUUUGGAGAUGGGGGUUUCCAAAUGUCAUUUGGAAUUGGUGCCUUUCCAUUUGGUAUUUUUGCUACAGCUUUUAACAUCAACGACGGCAGACCGCCUCCAGCCGCCCCGGGGACACCGCAGCACAUGGACGAACAGUUUCUGUCUCGACUCUUCCUGUUUGUUGCUCUGGCGAUUAUGUUUUGGCUGCUGAUUGCAUAAAUGCAAGGAAAAACACUAUCUCUGGCUAACCUAGAAGAUUUUAAAGAGGUGCAACAUUAUGGCUCCUCAUGGUUUGCACCAAGUUGAUUAUGCCGUGACAUAUUUUCCUCUCCUUGACUUGAAGCCUUUUUUAAAAAAAAUAAAAACAAAGUGUUAACCCAGGGAAAACAUUUCUUAAGGGGAACCACACAACCUCUGUUCACAAAUCUUUUAAAUCAUUUACACAAAGCAGCACACCAACAUUUGUUGUUGUAUUGUCAUUAACCAAACUACACUGGCUAACGGCUACAGACUCCAUGAUGCAUGAUACAACAUGUCUGUCUGUUAGUUUUUAAUCGAGACAAACACAGGAAGUUGUUGUUCAGAGAGAAAGGUAAAGAUAUUGUUCUUUGUGCUCUCUUUGAGUAUUGUUUUGGUAUUGCUACUAAAUUCAAAUUAAUCUUUGCUACACAAAAUAAGACCACCAGUGCUCGGGGAUCAUUCACUUUGAUGUUACUAACAAUAUUAACUAUGUCUCUGUUUUUCUCAAGUGUUCCAGAAAACCAUGACAGUGUGAUCGUUAAUAUUAUUAUUUACUCCUGUGUUGUUCUACUGUUGCAUCUUGUCAAGUGUCUUCCAUAAAAACCCUUCAACAGGUUUCAAAGAAUCCUGCUGAGUGACACACUGAGCACAAGCAGGUGCCUCCCUGUUGGCUCUCUUCAUCUAAGUACUUUUCUUUUUAUCUAGCUGUACCUCAUCUUACAAUUAAUACAUUUCGUCUGCAAAGAUUUACCAAAUCCUACACAGUCUGUUGAGUCAAAACAAUGUUAGGCCUUUUCUCUUUAUUUUGGUACAAUAAGAAAUGUGUGGAUGCAUGUUAGCAGCUCAAAUAUAAAUUUAUGGAAUGGUGUUCCUCUUCAAAUUGUCUUUAUUUUUUAGGUUUUCUCUGUCACUGUAAUUUAUUGUAAAAUACUGUAGAUUAUUACAGAAUUAUUACUAAAAAUGAAGAAUUGCUGGUUGAACCUGAAACCACUUUUCAAAAUGUGAAUUCAUUCUAUUGACAGUAAAGCUAUGUAAAUAAAAUUGUUAAAUCA